CAAAUUUAACCAAUAAUAGAGGAAUAUAAGUCCAUUAGCAUAAUGGCAGCAGCAGUUAGCGACUUCUAUAUCCCAGAUUCCUCUCUUUCAACCCACAAAAUACAAUCGAAGGAUCAUGGGGAUGGCUUGACUAUCAGCCUUGAGCCUGUUCCAAAGAAGCUUAAGUCAAUUGUUGAGGAUUGGAACCCAAAUACGUUCCUGGUUUCUUUUAAGCUCGAAACAGACUCGAAAAUCUUAUUAGAGAAGGCCAGAUCUGCUAUUGAGAAAUAUAAUGUUCAUUUAGUAGUAGCUAACGAGCUUCAUUCAAGGUACGAUCAAGCAGUGUUAAUCUCUGCGGUAGAAGGUUCAGAGCCCGUAAUUCUUAACAAGAAUCCAUCAGACCCCAUUGAGAAAGAAAUCGUGGAAGGAAUUAUUAAUGCUCAUAUUUCUGCUUAAAAUUAAAGCAAACGUCAUUCUGA